UCUCCUCUCGAUCUCCGCCUUCCGCGAGUGUGUGUGUAACUGAUCCCGCCAGCCAUGGACGCCCUGCCGUGGGGCGCGCGGUGCGCGGGGCUUGUUUUCUUUGGGUGCGCGUUGUGCGUGGCGGCGCUCGGCGUCGUGCUCCUGCUGCUCCGGCGGUGGCCGUGGUGCAGCUGCCAUGUGUGCCGGGCCUACCUGACCGGGUCGUGGAGGAGAGACUUCACCAACCUCGGCGACUGGUACGCGCACCUGCUCCGCCGCUCGCCGACGGGGACCGUCCACGUCCACGUCCUCGGCUGCACCGUCACGGCCAACCCGGCCAACGUCGAGUACAUGCUCAAGACCCGCUUCGACAACUUCCCCAAGGGGAAGCCCUUCGCCGCGCUCCUCGGCGACCUGCUCGGCGACGGCAUCUUCAACGUCGACGGCGACAUGUGGCGCCACCAGCGGAAGAUGGCCAGCCUCGAGCUCGGCAGCGUCUCCGUGCGGUCCUACGCGUUCAAGAUCGUCGCCCAGGAGGUGGAGACGCGGCUCAUGCCGGUGCUGUCCGACGCCGCCGACAGAGGCGCGGUGCUCGACCUGCAGGACGUGUUCCGGCGGUUCGCCUUCGACACCAUCUGCAAGAUCUCCUUUGGCCUCGACCCGGGCUGCCUCGACCGGGAGAUGCCCGUGUCGGAGCUAGCCGACGCGUUCGACACCGCCUCGCGGCUCUCCGCCAUGCGGGGCGCCGCGGCGUCGCCGUUGCUGUGGAAGAUGAAGCGCCUGCUUAACAUCGGGUCCGAGAGGGAGCUCAAGAAGGCCAUCAGGCUCAUCGACGGGCUCGCGGCGGCGAUGAUCCGCGAGCGCCAGAAGCUGGGCGUCGGGAACAGCCACGACCUCCUGUCCCGGUUCAUGGCCUCGGCCGGAGACGCGCACAGCGCCGCCGAGGACAAGUUCCUCCGCGACAUCGUCGUCAGCUUCCUCCUCGCCGGCCGGGACACCGUGUCCUCCGCGCUCACGACGCUCUUCAUGCUCCUCUCCAAGCACCCCGACGUCGCGGCCGCCAUGCGCGCGGAGGCCGGCGCCGGCGAGAAGCCCGCCACCUACGAGCACCUCAAGCGGCUGCACUACACCCACGCCGUGGUGUACGAGAACAUGCGGCUGUUCCCGCCGGUGCAGUUCGACUCCAAGUUCUGCGCCGCCGCCGACGUGCUCCCCGACGGCACCUACGUCGACGGCGACGCGCGCGUCAUGUACCACCCCUACGCCAUGGGCCGGAUGCCGCGCAUCUGGGGCGCCGACUGCGACGCAUUCCGGCCGGACCGGUGGCUCACCGGCGCCGGCGGGACGUUCGUACCGGAGAGCCUGUACAAGUACCCGGUGUUCCAGGCCGGCCUCCGCGUGUGCCUCGGCAAGGAGCUUGCCGUCACCGAGAUGAAGGCGGUCAGCGUGGCCGUCGUGAGGGCGUUCGACGUCGAGGUCGUCGGCGAGAAUGGCCGGAGCAGCGCCGCCGCCGCGCCAAGAUUCGUGCCGGGGCUCACUGCGUCGAUCAGAGGUGGGCUCCCAGUCAAGAUCAGACGCGUUUAGACUUAAACAGCUAGUAGGCUUCGUUUCACUGUAUGAUCGAACUGAACAAGAAAUAGGCAUGUACAUAGAAAAAAACGAGGAGAAAUCAAUCACUAGGAAAAGUUGUUUUAAAUGAGACAAAAAAAUAUUUUCAUCUAUUCAGGUUCCAUUCAUGUUCCAUUCAUGAUAUUUUUGUAAUUACUCCAUCUAUCUAAAAAAAAGACGGAUUGCAAUAGGAUCUCUAUGCAAUAUUAAUGAGGAGGAGAAA